AUGGAAUACAAAUAUCAUCGAAAUCGAAUAUCAUAUGCAAUGAUUUGCUUUGUUCGCACACGUGUAUUGGCUGUUCAUCCAAGUUUGAAAGGGCUAUCAAGUCUAAUCAACAAACAACCUUGGCGUUUUUACGGUGGAUUAGAUACUUCACCAUCAUCUGUAAUGAGAAAUGCUGAAGUUCAAACAAUUUAUACUGAAACAGUUAAUGUUGUCAGUCAAGGUCGUUUAGAAGUAAGGUGUCCAUUCAAUCUUUAUGUAACACCAAUUCAUCAGAAAGAUUUUCCAAGAUUUGACAAAGCUUUUUUUACUAUCUAUGGCGAUAGUGGUUUGCAAUUUUCAAAAGAAACAUGGAAUAAAUUAUUUACAUUUUCCAGUUUAUAUAAUGCUGAUGCUCGAACCCUUCAUGUUCUUGGUCAAUUUACUGAAUUAGGUGAAAAACAAUUGAGGGAUCAAGCUCAUACUCUUGAAGUUUGCUGUCAAAUUCCUCCUCAUUAUGAACUUGAUGUUAUUUGUACAGAUAAUAAUAAUGUUAGUGUUGAACAUCUUCAAUCUCCUGGAGUGCAUAUUCAAACAAAGCAAGGCGAAUGUUCAUUGAAAAAUGUUGUUGCAGAUAGCAUUGUUGUUCACAGUCAAAAAGGAAACAUAACAUGCUUGGGUUCAUUACACGGAGUAAUCGACUUGAGUACGGCAAGAGACGGUGCAAUAAAAGCAUCGAAACUACAAGGUAGUUUUGUUCGAUUGAAAGUUGAAAAUGGGGAUAUACAACUUAAAAGUUUAUUUUCGGAGCAUUUCCAUCUAAAAGGACAACAGGGAAAUUUUCGUAUUAGAACUUUACAUGGGCAUGGAAUUGUGAAAUUACAUGCUGGCUCGAUUAAUAUUGGAUCAGUUGACGGGAAUGUAAAUGUUAUUUGUGAAGAAGGUGAUGCGAAAGUAUUUUUUAUAGCAACUGAUAGAUCAAAAAUACAUGCACGACAAGGUGAUGUUACAUUGGGUGUGGUAGAUACUGCAAAUGUUCGAUUGAAUCUUGCCGGUAAACGUGUACAAAUAUCUGAAGAAGUUGAACAUUUUCAUAGACAAACAGUACACAAAGAUGGUAUUGUGCGAGUCAAAGGUUUUAUCUCGCAUGAAUCUGCUGAUUCAACAAUUGAUGUAGAUGCAUCAAAGGGUACCAUCGAACUUAAUGUACGUGAUUGGUUCUCGACAUUGAAGCUUGAUCGACAUGUUGAUCAGUAA